UUUAGUAUACAAACAAUAGCGAUAAGAAAAAACGGCAGACAGGACAUAGAAAAAUAUUUUUUCUUGCGAAUUCAAAGAAACAUCUCAUUAACUUUAAUUCAACCAUUUGAUGGGACACCUGGACAAAUGCCGCGUAUGCUCCAGCGAUGUGGCUAGAGACGACGAGGCCUACAAUUUGCUGCACCAUCCAUAUCUCGCCGUCAAAUUUUCGGAAUGCACAAAUUUGGUGGUGGAUCCUGAUGACCAGGAUAUUUUGCCCAGCGAAAUUUGCUCGGAGUGCUACGAGCUUCUGGAGAAGUUCCACUCUUUCCGAGCACUUUGCAUUAUAGCCGAUAACAAGUGGCGUUCAAAAAGUCUGGUAACUUGGAAGAAAAUAGAUCGCAGGAAACCUGUUUACGAAGUCGAUGAGGAUGAGGAGGAGGAGCUGGAGCUGGAAGAACUUCUGUUGGAGCCGCCGGAGAUGAUUAUAUGUGAUACCAAUUUGAGUGCACAAAAUAUCGCAAAAGUCGCUGAACAGGUACCGCCAACCUUGGUAUUCCAUACCUUCACCGAAAAUGUCCAGCAACCCCCGGAAACGGAAAAGAAAGCUUUGGAAGAGCCUCCAUUGACUACAUUCAAGUGCGACCUGUGCGCCGACGAGUUUCGAGAGGAAAAACGCUUGAUUCUGCACAAGAAGGAACACCAGGGACACAUGCUGUAUCAUUGCACUGAGCCCGGAUGCGAGGAAGCUUUCAAUCGAUUCGAGAACCUCCGGCAGCACGAGCUGGAGCACUCGGAAGUGGGCAUGCGUUUUGUCUGCGAGGAGGAGGGCUGCAACAGGAUGUACCGGCACAAGGCUUCGCUGAAAUACCACCAGAGCAAGGCGCACGACAUUGGCAAGCCUUUGAAGACCCAUAUGUGCGAGUUCUGUGGUCGGGUGUUCAAGACUGGCUCUGCCCUAAGCCAGCAUCGGUUCACACACGGCGACCAGCUGGUAUUACCAUAUGCCUGCGAACUGCCGGACUGUUCUAUGCGAUUCUAUAGCACGGAGAAGCUCAAGAUCCACAUGAUGCGUCACCAGGGCAUAAAGAACUUUAGCUGCCCCUACUGUGGUCUCAAGAAGACGACCAAGAACGAACUGCGACUGCAUAUCAACUAUCAUACCCUGGAGAGGACCUGGUCCUGCAAGGAUUGCCCCAAAGUUUGCAACAGCUCAACGAGUCUUAAGAAACAUAUCCGCGCAAUCCACGAGAAGGCACGAGAUUAUGCCUGCAGCUAUUGCGAAAAGAAAUUUGCCACCCCCGACACGCGAAAGUAUCACGAAAUGACCCACACUGGCGAAAAGAACUUUGAGUGUCACGUUUGCGGCAAGAAAUUUAUACAACCCUCUGCCUUGCGCACCCAUCGCAAGGUCCACGAAUCGGGGGAUAAUCAGCAGACCGCUUGUGCUCUGCUGCAACUGACUAGCAUGGGCUAAAGAAGUUAACAUAUUUCUAUUUUAGGUUCAGUGGAAAGUACAACAUUCAUAUCGUAUUUUACUUGACUCACAACUUAAUUAAUAUUUACCUCCUUUAUUGAGGGUUUUAUUACGAUAGCGAAAUAGAAGAGCAGGGAAGAGGCAAUUUUUAAUAAACUAGUCUUAGUUUCUAAUCGCACAAGUACAUGCCAUUUUACCCUUAUUAACGCUAACAAAUCAGGAAGUUUAGGGUAAAUGGCAUUAUUUAAUAAGCUGUAGUUUUUCUAUUUUACCACGAAACUAAUUAAUAUGAUAAUAACGACAAUAAAUCUGGUGUAGGGUAUAAGUUAAUGACAAUAAAUCAGAAGGUGUAGGGUAUAAGUUAAUGACAAUAAAUCAGAAGGUGGAAAGUACAAGUAUAUGACGAUAACCACAAAUAAUGUUAAAAAAACAGAAAGAGAUUAUGAAUGAGACAAUAACCCUUAAUAACACUAAUCAGGAAGUGUAGGGUAAAGUGAAUUAUUUGAAAGUAGCUGUAGUUUUAGUUUCAAACCCUUUAUGUAUGUCAAUUUACCCUUCAACAACGAAAAUAUCAGGAAGAUUAGGGUAAAAGGCACUUCUUAAUAUAGUCACUUUUGCAAUUUACAGUUUAAGUAAACGACAAGAACUUCGAAUACUGACAAUAAAUCAGGAAGUAUAAGGAUACGGGGAUUUUUGCAAUAAACUUUGGUUUAAGUUCUUUACGUUUGAGAAUAUGCCAAGUUAUCCAAAUCAGGAAGUAUAGGGUAAGGUGCAUAUUCUUUCAUUAUUAUAGUUAUAGUAGUUAUAGUUGUUUGUUUCGUAAACUUUAAGUUUGUUGAAUUUAUAAAAUUGUUUUCUUUUUAUUUAUUUUUUUUUGAACUAAAACCUCUUACUCGGUUAAAAAUGAAAUUAAAUACUUUAAGAGUACUAUUGUACUUACUGUAUCGACAAAUAAAUACUCCAAUAAAGAACCACUUCCUUUUGGGAUUCAGAAUGUAAA